AAAUCACCUAUGUAUCAGAUAAAUUUAAAAAAAUAGGUGGGGUCGAAUUACAAAGGUAUUAGUUACUCUUUGACCUUGACAACAUCCUCUACUGUCAAUCGAAACUCCAAUUUUGGGAGACCAUUUGGAAUUUCUUGCAUAAUAGAUUACAAAUAAAAAUCAAAAAACACAAAAUUGACCGCAUUCAAUAAGUAAUGAAUAGAUCUAUUCAACUUUUCAUCAAUGGAAGGUCGGCUGCGCGCGAGGUUAUGUUAUUGUAAUGUCAUUCAGUAUUUCAGUGUUUCGAGUCUUCCCAUUAUAAACGAAACUAAAGGCCUAGACGAUAAAUAAAACAAUCACCGAAUGUGGAGUGGCAAAAAAGGAUACAAAUUUAUUAUAGACAAAAAAGGUUUUAAUAAAAUCAUUAAAGGAUCUAUUCGUAUGGGUGUGCAAAUGCAAGACGUGAAUACACUUUUACUUUAAUAUUGUUAUGAGUGGAGCAUUAUCCAUGUACGAUGGUUUGGAACAAGGGACUACUUCAAACAAUGGUCCCUUGGAAACAGGUGAAGGAGCUCCUAAAAAAUUAUCCAGAGGCAUUUCCCGUGCGACGGAAAAUGAUGCUCUCGUGAACAAGACACGUUCUCAGCUUGCUGCGGAUGGAUUGGAAGCACCAGAAUUUACCUUCUCAUUACCCGAUUUAUCAGUCUAUCCAGAUCCAUUUCGUCAAUUUUUGGAGAAGGAUUUAUUCGAGGCGGGUUGUUUAUCAUCAUUAGAGUCUGCCGGACGACUAAAUUGGUGGUGUGGAGGAAAAAAUGAUGGAUCAAGAGCACUUUGGCCCCUAGCAACAAUUGGCGACGGAAAUUGUCUUCUACACGCAGCCAGCCUUGGAAUAUGGGGUUUUCAAGAUCGAAAUCUCACAAUGCGUGAACAUUUACAUAAUAUGCUCGCUGAGGGAAAAUAUCGUGACGCAAUUUUCAGGCGAUGGAAGUGGAGACAGACGACUUUAAACGCAACGGCGGGUUUAGCUUACACGGAAGCGGAAUGGCAACAAGAGUGGCAAAGUGUUGUAGACAUGGCCUCGAUUAACCCUCGAAAUCAAACUAUAACAUCUUAUCAAAGUCUAGAGGAGGUUCACGUAUUGGCGUUAGCGCAUGUUCUUCGACGUCCAAUUAUAAUUAUAGCGGAGACAAUGUUACGGGAUUCUGAGGGCGUUGCUUUGGCGCCUAUUAAUUUUGGUGGAAUUUAUCUGCCACUUGAAGUUCAAACUUUCGAAUGUUAUCGAACACCUUUAUUAUUAGCCUAUCAUUCGGCCCAUUUUUCGCCACUAGUCUCAGUUGCUAAAGGACAAAAUGUCGAGGAAAGGAUUUAUGUACCUUUGGUUGAUCCCGAGAGUGGACAACUUUUACCUGUACCAUUUGCUGUUGAUCCUGGACCCGAAUGGGAUUGGUCGGCAUCACAAGAUUUACUGUCAUGCUCACAAGACACGAUGGAAAUUUUAGUGCGGAAAUAUUUAGACUGUGAAUAUCAAUUGCUCGCCGUAGAUGACAUAGAGCGUUUUUGUGACACUGACGGAGUGACUGUAAAUAGACAUAAAACUGCAAAGCCGCUUUUAGAUGUAGCAAAACAAUUCGAAUCAUUUGGAAAAUCGAUUAAAAUGAAAUUGGGAUUGAUUCAUUCUCACAAGAGAACAAAUAGUCCACCUUCGUCCUCGUCAUCGUAUCUAACUAGCUCCGUUGGUGAGGGUGUUCUCAGCGUUAAAGUCAAAAUCACAAGGAACGGCUACAUGAACCAAAUGAUACAAAAUUAUCUCGACUGCGCACAGGAAAGGUUUCUGCAAGAUCAUCAUUCGGAUAUGACUGGUACAGUGAUGAAUUACGGAGCAGGAAAAUCGAAAUUUUACACAGCCAGCGACAGUGGCAGCCAUGCGAGUGUAAACAAAUUGAUACCGAGUACAAAUUCAAAUACUCCAGACGCUCUAUAUUUGGCCAAUUCAACUUUCUUCGUAAAAUCAUCAGAGGAGGCUGACACGCCGAAUUCUGAACAAUGGCAUAAUAAAAAUAUUGUGCAAAAAUGUCGUAAUGAGAAAUGCACAUUUUAUGGAACUCCUGAACAUCAAAACUACUGUUCGCAAUGCUGGGCAAACAAACGACAACGUUAAUACGCCUAAACUUUCUUUUUAUCUCUCCAUGACAAUAAUCAUCGUCUGAAUAAUCUAAUCAAUAGUAAUAUAACGAUAUAAUUAUCUUUCUAAUCGUAUAAAAUCGUUGCCUGACUGAAAAUAGGUAUUUUUCAUUUUUUAAAUGUAAUGUUUGAAUAAUAGUUUGCUUUAUUUAUUAACUAUUACAAAUUUGACAAAAAUAGCGUUUAAUGAAACGUUGCAUAAUUUUAAUUACGAAACGAUACAUAUCUGAUUAAUCAAUUAAGAAUCUCAGUUUACGGUAUUCGAUUUUAGUAUCUUCUUUUUAUAACUGCUAUUUAGCAUCAAUUAUUUCUUUCUUUCGUAGAAUUUAAUUGUUCGGAAAAAAUUAUAAUCGUUAGGAUUGAUUGAAAGCUUGAUUGUUUUAGAAUAAUUCGAUUAGAAAAAUUAGAUCGUUUCAAAACAAUUUGCUUCGAAAUUUCAAUGGAAACAUUAUUCUUAGUGGUAAUUACUUUUAAUACCAGACAGCUAUUAAAAAUAGCUUUAAUUUAUUCGAUUUCUUCACAAUUGUUUGAAACGAUUGUUUAAAAUGGAAAUUUUUCAUUAUUUACAAUACAAUUGUUUUAGGGAAAAAUUUACUGUUUUUUAUUUUAAAUUUGAGUACAAUUUUUAGUUGAUAGC